AUAAGGUUUCUGUGGUGAGACACCAGAUGCACUCAACUUCCUCUUUCAACAACAAAUGUGCCAGUUAUCAACAGGAUCCGUGCUGCCAGAGUUAGACUUUUUACUCCUAGCUCCCUGCAAAGAAACAAGAGUGCUUGUCCUGGCUGAGCUCAACAUGCCUGAAUGAAGAACACCCUGGUUGUGAAGAUCAGAUUGGCUUGGGCAAUUCAUGUGGGACUUUAGGAGUUAAAAAAAGAAGAAAAAGACAAGCUGAGGCAAAGCAAGUUAAGUUCCCAGAUGGCUUGUAAAAGUUGUCCCCUAGAGUGUGGGAGGAGCCCCUUUCAGCAACCUUCUUUCUCUGUUAAAUUUCUCCUUCUCUUCUCAGGAUGACAGGCCCACUGGCUGGCCCUAUCUUCAAAGAAAAUAGAAUAAGUAAAUUUGAUAGGCAUAUUCACUUAGUGGUGCUAGUAACUAAAUGAUGAGAAGUGAAAAGACAGGGAAAAUUGAGAAAGAAGAUUUGUAGAAUUGGUACCAGGGAAAGAACAGUCACCUUAAUCCCAGAGCUCAAGUUCUACCCUCGUGACUUGCUAAAUUUACAUCUUCAGGGAUCAUAACUCUAUGGCUUACUUUGAAGAAUAUACUGAAACAUUCAAGAUGGGCAACAACAGUACCAGCACCUCUCAGACUGACUGCAGUGUCCCUAAUAUGACAUUUCAGUACUCCCUUUAUGCAACCACCUACAUCCUGAUUUUCAUCCCUGGUCUUCUGGCCAACACCAUGGCCUUGUGGGUUCUAUGUCGCUUCAUCAGCAAGAAAAAUAAAGCCAUCAUUUUCAUGAUCAACCUCUCUGUGGCUGACCUUGCUCAUGUGCUGUCUUUACCCCUCCGGAUUUACUAUUACAUCAACCACCACUGGCCUUUCCAGAGAGCCCUUUGCCUACUGUGCUUUUACCUGAAGUAUCUCAACAUGUAUGCCAGCAUUUGCUUCCUGACAUGCAUCAGCCUUCAGAGGUGCUUCUUUCUCCUCAAGCCCUUCAGGGCCAGAGACUGGAAACGUAGAUAUGAUGUGGCCAUCAGUGCUGCCAUCUGGGUCAUCGUGGGGACUGCCUGUUUGCCAUUUCCCAUCCUGAGAAGCACAGACUUAGCUAACAACACCAAGUCCUGCUUUGCUGAUCUUGGUUACAAGCAAAUGAAUGCAGUGGCUUUGGUUGGAAUGAUUACAGUUGCUGAGCUUGCAGGAUUUGUGAUCCCAGUGAUCAUCAUCGCAUGGUGUACCUGGAAAACCACUAUAUCCUUGAGACAGCCGCCAAUGGCUUUCCAAGGGAUCAAUGAGAGGCAGAAAGCACUGAGGAUGGUUUUCAUGUGUGCUGCAGUUUUCUUCAUAUGUUUCAGUCCCUAUCAUAUUAACUUUGUUUUUUAUACCAUGGUAAAGGAAACCAUCAUUAGCAGUUGUCCCAUUGUCCAAAGCACGCUGUAUUUCCACCCCUUUUGUCUGUGCCUUGCAAGUCUCUGCUGCCUUUUGGAUCCAAUUCUCUAUUACUUCAUGGCCUCAGAGUUUCGUGACCAAAUAUCCCGCCAUGGCAGCUCUGUGACCCGUUCCCGCCUCAUGAGCAGGGAGAGUGGGUCAUCAAUGAUUGGCUAAAAUAACUCUUCAAUUAUGACUUGAUUUACCUAUGUUCAUUGGCAUUUUCCAAAGGCCAGAAUUAUCAUCCAGACAAUUUCUUUUAUUGAAUCUUGGAAACAACAGAAAUAUGUGUUUUCUUUUGUGAUAGUCGUGGCCAUAGGGGUGUGAUAGUGAAGGCAGAGUGUGAAAAAUGUGGGACAUGAAUGGAAGAUGGGAUUUACCUGUUUCCUCUGUGAAAUUCAAGGCACUUUCUUAUUAAAGAGACCUAGAUCAAGUUUUUACAAAUGCUUCUAACCAAAUAAAAGUUGGAUACUGUAUCUUAAAAAUUUCUUCAGUAAAUAGUAUAAUACUGUUACUAAGAUACAAUAAAUACACGAAUCCUUUUUAACAUGUAAAAGUAAAUUUCUUUCAUAUGAAGACCUUUAUUUCUGAAUGAGAGUAAAAAUCUACAAUCCUUCUGACAGAAAAAUGCACAGGGAAGGGCACAUGAUGAAUUGCAUAAAUUUCAGGACCACACACUUGUUAUAGAUGAAAGGGCAUGGGAAUUCAUUCAUUUAUUGAAAAUUUAUUAGAUAUAUAUUGUGUUCUGGGUUGCCACUUUGUUAAGUACUUUCACAUAUAACAUCUCAUCUGGUUUUUCUAAUAAAACUGUGGAAGUUUCGAACACAAAUAAAUAAAUAGAACCUCAGAGAGUUUAAGCAACUUGCCUUGGGAUAAACAGUAGUAAGCCAAAAUUUGUCCAGUAUACAUACACCACAUAUGCUUAUUUUCUUGUUUGUGUUGUCACAUAUAUUAAGUCUAUACUAAACUUGCCUUCAAUGAUGAAGACACAGCCUAAAGCUAAGCUACAUGAGACCAAGGCCAUUUCAAUGUGAUUAGCCUGUAAUUAUCUGAAAAAAAUAUGUGGGUUGUGGGUUUGACACCUCAGGCUUCAGGAUGCAAAGUGUCAAAUGAUAAAUAGAUACAUUGUCCUAAUAUUGUUUCAAUCUACAGAGUCUUGAUAAUAAGGGGCAUAGGAAAUUCAGAUAGCUCAUUAUUUCUCAUAAAAUAUAUUUUAAGCUUUAAUGCAGGUAAUAUAAACCCCAUAAAUAGAUGAAAGAAAGAAAGAUAUAAAAUUCAGUCAUGAAAAUUCUGUAAAGUUUAUAAGUUCUUUUGGAGUUCACCUAAUGUCUUUUUUUUCUUAAACAUCUCUACACAUAACUCUGAACAAAUUUGUGUUUCAUAGUCUUUUAAUAAGCUUUCUGUGAGCAGAAUUCAUGAAUUUCAUUAGAAACAGAAAAUAUUAUUAAAUCAUGAAGGAAUGAGAGAAAAGUGGGUGUCCUCCUUCUGGCAAUCUCCUUAUCUUAAUUUUCCAAAGGUUAUGGGUGUUGUUUUAGAACCAUCAGGGAGAAUUUUAAUACAAAUGAUCCUUCAGCUUCUCAUGUUGAUAUUUAUGAAGCUCAACUCAUCACUUUCAUAUUUUAUGUGUGCAGUUUAAAUAGUAUAGACUUUUGGUGUGCAGGAAGGAGAGGGAAAUGGUAGUUCUCAGAAUAUUUAUUUGAACAGACUGGCUCUGGAAGAAGAAGAAGGGGCAAUGGAAAAAGUAGUAAUUUUAAAAAAAGAACAAGAUUUCUGGAAAGGGAAGGAGUUCUGUAAUUAUCAAGUCAUGAAACUGGUUUUCUUAUACUUUAUUAACCUUGACCUGAAGGCACUGCCUAAAGAGGGUUUCCAGUGCUUGAAGUUAAUGGUAUAAUUAUCAGAAUGACUCAAAGAGAUGACAUUGAAAGAAGCCCAUUGGGAUCUACACAUCCUGCAAUAUUUGUGGAGAAAUGGAACCUCAGUUCUCAAGAGUCACACUUCAUAUUCCUUCCUUCCUUUCAAGUUGUUGACAUGAAGUGGUACUUCAAGCAUAGGAUUUGUGGAAUCAUGGGCAAAUUAAAUUAUGUACCUUUCAUUUUUACCACUAUUUAAGUGGAAUCUUUGAGCUUUCUCAACAUGUGAAUCCCUAAUGUAG